UUGCGCUUGCUAGCGAGCUUAUAGACUACCAUGAACCCAGAAAUGAUAUCAGUGAUUGUGACAAUGAACGGAUGAUGAUCGCGGAGUCAAAGUCGAUGCGCAUAGCGAGGCAAAUUUGACGCCCGACCCAUCGGAGGAGAGGAGCAGCAGCUCGUUGUGGUAUUAACAACAGAAGGGGAUCCCGGUGCGUGUGUGUCCGUCUCUAUUCGUUUCUGUGAGCCUCUGUCAAGCCAAGCGAGCAACGGCGAGGAGCGGAGGGGGCGACCAGGCUAGCCUAUAAGCCGAUCAAGGCGGAAUCGCACACAACGAUUUUCACGUCUGGGAUUUCUGCGCACCUAGGGCCUACAUGCUGUGACGGCUUUAACGGGGUGCAAGGAUGAUUCGUCUAGCGUGUUGCACGGCCCUGCUGUUUGUGUUGAGGCUGCUGGUGGGCUUGCCUUGGUACCAGGUUCUCCCGGCCAUCCUGAUCUUCUACCUGGGAAGCGGAGGAUGGAGCUUUCUGAAGAUAUUUGCCAAAACAAUUGGCAGAGACUUACAUGCGGCGGGUGUAUUAUUUCAGGUGAAGAUGAAUGUCAGACGCCACCUCAGAGAGAAGAACACUAUUCCCAAGAUCUUCGCUGAAACAGUACGCCGCCACGGGGACAAAACGGCACUGAUCUUUGAGGGGACCGGGGAGAGGUGGACCUUCAGACAGCUGGAUGAGUACUCCAACAGAGUGGCUAACCUGCUGCUGCAACGGGGUUUCCAGGAGGGCGAUGUGCUGGCUCUUUUCAUGGAGAACAGGACCCAGUACGUGGGCAUCUGGCUGGGCAUGGCCAAGAUCGGAGUAGAGGCCGCGCUAAUCAACUUCAAUUUGAGACUAGAGGCCUUGGUCCACUGUGUCACCAUCUCCAAUGCCAAGGCUGUGGUAUUUGGCUCGGAGCUGACUGACGCGGUGUGUGAGAUCCACAGUUCAAUGGGGAAGGCAGUGCAGAUGUUUUGCUGUGGAGACUGGGACCCCAAACGAGUCCCACAGGGAACCGAGUGCCUGGAGCCCCUGCUGGAUGCUGCCCCGUCCCAUCUGCCAAGCCAGCCACAGCGCUGCUUCACUGAUCGCCUGUUCUACAUCUACACGUCGGGAACCACUGGGAUGCCUAAAGCUGCUAUUGUUGCGCACAGCAGGUACUACCGCAUGGCAGCCUUGGUAUAUUAUGGUUUUAGGAUGACAUCAGAUGAUGUGUUGUAUGAUUGCCUUCCACUCUACCAUUCUGCAGGUAACAUUGUGGGAGUGGGCCAGUGUAUAAUACAUGGCAUGACUGUAGUCAUCAGAAAGAAGUUCUCUGCCUCGCGUUUCUGGGACGACUGUGUCAAAUACAACUGCACUAUUGUGCAGUACAUUGGUGAGAUCUGCCGAUACUUGCUUAACCAGCCUGUUCGGGACACGGAGCGACAGCAUCGGGUACGCAUGGCACUGGGCAACGGCCUGCGCCAAUCCAUAUGGGAGGAGUUCAUGAACCGCUUCAAUAUCCCACAGAUCGCAGAGUUCUAUGGAGCCACAGAGUGCAACUGCAGCCUGGGCAACUUCGGUAACCAGGUUGGAGCGUGUGGCUUCAACAGUCAGAUUCUACCGUUCAUCUACCCCAUCAGACUGGUGAGGGUUGAUGAAGAGACCAUGGAGCUCAUUAGGGGACCUGAUGGCGUCUGUAUUCCCUGUAAACCUGGCGAGCCUGGCCAGCUAGUCGGCAGGAUCAUUCACAAUGACCCUCUUCGGAGUUUUGAUGGUUAUGUCAACCAGUCAGCAACCAGCAAGAAGAUUGCUCACAACGUCUUCAAGAAGGGAGAUAGUGCCUACCUCUCUGGUGACGUGCUGAUCAUGGAUAAGUACGGCCACAUGUACUUUAAGGACCGCACAGGAGACACUUUCCGCUGGAAAGGAGAGAACGUCUCAACAACUGAGGUGGAGGGAACUCUAAGCAGGCUGCUAGACAUGAAAGAUGUAGUUGUUUAUGGAGUGGAAGUACCAGGAGCAGAGGGAAAGGCUGGAAUGGCAGCCAUCGCUGAUCCGUCUAACUCCACUGACCUGGAGAAGUUUGUGAAGGACAUGGAGAAGGCUCUCCCUCCGUAUGCCAGACCUGUGUUCCUCCGUUUUCUUCCCGAGGUCAACAAGACAGGAACGUUUAAGUUUCAGAAGAUGGAGUUGCGUCGGGACAGCUUUGACCCCACCGUGGUGUCAGACAGACUGUACUUCCUGGAUUCCAGCAGAGGGUGCUAUACGCAGCUGGACGAGGAGCUUUACCGCUCCAUACUGUCAGGGAAACACAAAUUGUGAUGACCAGGCUAACCACUACAUGUACACAUAGACACACAUCCAUGCAUACAGACACACACACACACAUACAGAUACAGAAAAGAAGACAAUAUCGUGUGACCAGGAUAGCAGAAUGCUGUACCAUGUCCCCAUAUACACAAAUACUUGUAAAAGUAAUAGCCAUACAGACUCCAUACGCUCACACUCAAAUGCCAACACAUUUACACAUACACAAACGUACAAAUUGUAUUCCCCAAACCACUUUUCUCUUUCAAAUCCCUAAAAACUGAUAUGCACGGCACACACACACACACACGCACGCACGCAGCGCCACUCCAUCCAUCCUCCUGAAAUCUCCCCGGCAACUUCUCUCUCGCUACCUCAGCAAACACAGAGAGGCACAAACCUAGUAACCAGAUCUAUUUGGUAACUUGAAGCCACCCUUCAUAGCCACACAAUCCCUGCCCACACAGGUCUCAAACAACCCACGGCCAGUCCAUCCUGGUCCAUCAAACCAGAUGUGUUGCUGGGGGAUAUAAAUGGGAGGGAUGCGGAGUGCAGGCUGCCUGGCAUCCAGAAUGCAAAAACUUGAAAUUACAGUUAACCAUAAAGGAUGCUGAGGAGGAACGUGGAUCCACUACAAAAACUGUGUGGUAUAACGAAGGGACCUAAAGGACCUAAACUGUCUUUCAGUUCGUUGUUUCGUCAGCAAGAUUGUUUUGUGGAAAACUGGAGCCUCUAAAAUCGACUUCACCUGCACAAUUAGCCAGCAGUGACAAACCUGUGUGUCAGCUACAGCUUUCUUCUUGGGAGGUUAAUGAUAGUAUUACCUUGA